AUGGAUAAUGUUUUAUUAGGAGGUCUCUCGUCAUCUUUUGCAACAGUCUUCACAAAUCCAUUAGAAGUAGUAAAGACUCGAUUACAGCUUCAGGGAGAAUUGGCAAGAAAAGGAACUGUAACAGAGCCCUACAAAAAUUUUCUUCAUGGAUUUGUUCAAAUUGCUAAGCAUGAUGGUUACUUAGCUUUACAACGAGGACUGUCAGCUUCACUUUGUUUUCAAUUUGUGCUUAAUUCAUGCCGAUUGGGAAUCUACACAACUGCAUAUGAGAGUGGAUGGACGAGAAAUAAGGAUGGAAAUGUGAGCAUAAUAAAAUCUGCAUUUUUUGGUGGUGUGGGUGGAACGAUUGGUCAAGGACUUGCUUCACCAUUCUUCAUGUUACGUAAUCAACUGCAAUCAGCAUCAGUUGAUAAAAUCGCUGUUGGAUAUCAACAUCGCCACGAAGGAUUUAUUCAAGCUUUCAGAAAAAUUUACAAUGCUCAUGGAAUUACUGGUCUUUAUCGCGGAGUUUUGGUGACAAUUCCUCGUGGAAUGAUGGGAUCUGGAACUCAAAUUGCCACUUUUGGUUGGACGAAAGAUUUCUUACAAAGAAAAUCUUCUCAUCUCGAUCCGACUACAAUCUCAUUCAUUAGUGGAGCAAGUGCCGGAACAGCAAUGGCAAUAGCAAUGAACCCUACCGAUGUUAUUGCUACAAGACUUUACAAUCAAGGUGUCUGUGAAAAUGGAAAAGGAAUUUACUAUUCAGGCGUCAUUGAUUGCUUCAUCAAGAUUUUUAAAAUCGAAGGUGUGAGAGGUUUCUACAAAGGGUUCUGGCCACAUUAUAUAAGAAUCGGUCCGCAUUCUGCUUUAGUAUUAUUAUUCUUUGACGAACUUAAAGCGCUGAAAGAAAGACUGAAAACUUAA